AUGAAGGAUGAUCUUUGUGUCCGCUUCUUCUUGGUUGCUCUGAAGAUGUCCAACAUCUUUGAAGGUCGCCUUACAUUCACUGCCUCAUGCAACAAGAAAUCGCCGACCACUCUGUCCCCUGAAGUGCCUGAAUGCUUUGUCUGCGAGGUAGGUGAUGCCAUUAAAUGUUCAUAUAGCAAAAACUACUGCUCAUAUACGGAUGCAGUUAAUCUGAUUUGUUCUUUUCAUAGCGGUUAUUUUGGGUCUCAAGGAAGUGAUGCAUACCUCACUGGAGCUGGUGCAACAUGCAGGGAAAAUUCAUUCCAAGGAAAUGAUGUUGAACGUAUGGAAAUCGAUGAAAAUGAAGACAAACAAGAAGGAAAUUCUUUCUUUCUAAGCACUGAGGGAACUGGCAGUAACAGGGAAUUCUGUGAAAAUCAUUUGUAUUGCACUAUAAGUAUUGGAGAAGAUCAUGUAAGUCAGCAGAAAAAGGAGAAAAAUAGAAGUAAGAAAGAGGGCAAAGAAUCUGGAAAUGAAGAUCAAAGCAAGAUUAUUCUACAGAAGUGCAACGCUCUCCUAAAUUCUGGUGGGGGAGUGUUGGAAAUGAAAAUUUCCGACCCCCAGACUUGCAGCACAAGUAAGAAGGAUCCUGUGGAUAGUUUCUGGCAAACUAUUGAGGAGCAAUUGAGAAAAAUGAUUCGCCCAUCAAAGUAUAAAAAUGUUUUCGACCGAAGUGUACUGUCUGACAAAAUAUUGCUGUUCAUCAAUGCUCCUCGUCACGUCUGUACAAUGAAAUACAACUUAUUUGUACCAGGAGAUGCGGGUGUUUAUGAAGCUUCUUACGACGAUGUCGUCGAUUUUCUGAAGCUGAAGUCUGACGGCCCCAAACAGGACUUAAAUUCAUAUAUACGAGUGCCCUUGAAAGAGCUUCCGGAGGUACCAGAUUAUUUUUUUGACCAGGAGAUAAUCAGUUUGAUCGAGUGCAAACAAGUUCAGUUGAAAGUAUUCAGAUCUGAUUCUCCUUUGUUUUCAAAUCAUAAGCAGCGUUCUCUCAUCACCAGACAGUUGUCAGCUUUUGGUAAUUGUGAUGGUGGGGUUCUUCUUAUCGGAGUAGCAGAUAACCGAAGAGUUUCUGGCGUAGACAUGGAAAAAAAUAGUAAAGAGCAUGUAGAAGAAUGUGUCAUUUCCCUUGUCAAGAAGAAUUGUUGUGAUUUUGAGAUUUAAAGAGGAAUCCAUUGGGAUUUAAAGUUCUCUGAUGUCUCUGGAACUGAAUCCAAAUCUGUCAUAGUAAUUAAAAUGGCAGGAUUUCGGGACUCCGGUAGAAUUUUUGGAAAAUGCCCUGAAAGUUAUGAAUUACGAUGCGAUGAAAAUGGCCAGCAGGUUCCUCAUCCCGUUGCAUUUGACAAGUGGAAGGAGAGAAUGAAGCCUGAUGAUACAGAUUUGACAGGGAAUACCAGAGGGAUGAAUGAUAUGCUACUAAAGUUCCAAAAGAUGCAAAUAUCUAAGGGGCAUCUUUUAACGGUGAGAAGAGAUGUUCAGAGGAUAAAGGAUGCGUUUUUUAAAGUUGACGAGAAUUUCCCAAUUUCACCGAGAGGUGUAGAGUCUAGCCUUCCAGUACAGGCACAGGAAGCGAUUCUCAACAUUCAAAAAGUUUGUUGUAGAGACCGUAAUCGGGGUUUUCUGGCCGUAUCACGUUCUUGGCUUCGCGAUACUGGUGGUACCACAAUCGAUAGCGUCAUCUGUGACGUCCUUCUUGUCAGUAGAAACAUGGGUGGACUUCACCUGUACACUCUUUGCGAUCCAGCAGAUGAGAAGUCUCUGAAAUAUAGCAAAAAGGCCGCACAGUCCAUAAAGAAACAUCUUUCCGAAAAUGGCGCCAGGGGCCAAAAGUUUUAUGUGUCAUACCAUGUGCUACCAUGUCGCGCAGGUGGAGAAGUGGAACUCCCACUACCUGACGAUCGCUACCCGAAGUCUUAUGAUCUCCUUACUCCCCGUGAGAAACUUAACGAAAUACUCAAAGCCAUGGUGAUAACUGUUGCUGCAGUGCCCUCUACCUUGUCCAGCAAGUUAGGAGUAACCAUUUUCAAUCUCCUUACCAAGGAACAGUUCCAGUUGGUUCAUCAGCGGGCUGAGACAAACGAAGAGUUAUGGAUAAAGGGAGUCGCUGGGACGGGAAAGACCCUUGUGGCAGUGGAAUUCAUGAGAAAGCUUAAACGCCGUGAUAAACUACAAAAGGAUGAAAUCCUUUAUGUUUGUGAAAAUGAGGGCAUAGCAAACCAAGUACGGAAAAUUGAGGGGCUGUGCAAUGCCGUUUGUCGUGUAACCUUCAUCAGGAACGAGUUUCCACGAACCAAGCAUGUCAUACUUGAUGAAGUUCACAACUUCGAGCAGCCCCUUGGCACAAUUUCCUGGUAUGAGAAAGCGAAGCGUCUGGUGCGACAGCACGAUCCUGACAGACCGGGGCACUUAUGGUGUUUUAUUGACAUCUGCCAAAAAAGUCACAAUUUUCUCUCUGGUAUUCCUGAUGAAAGCCUACAACGACCGCACUUUAGGUUAAAGAAAGUCAUUCGUAACUCAGCGAAGAUAUUCAAGCAUGCCAAGAAAUAUCUUGUCGACAAUGAUUCGAAAGACAAGGUUGAGAUAGGGCAUGACUUUGACGGAGACGAUGUAUGGACAAUAUCUUAUUCAAGGAGCGAAACAACCGAACUGGAUGUUCUCCAUACUACGUUGUGCCAGCUUGUGAAAGAGGGGUACAGUGAGAGAGAUAUCGCUGUAUUGUUUUUGAAGAGUGACAACAUUCCUUCUGGGGACAAGCUUUCUGCGAAGUUGAAUGGUUUAUCUUGGGGGUCUGCAAAGGACAAUGAUUCUAAAAACAUUGUCAUCAGCACGGUUCUUAAGUAUAGCGGUCUGGAAAGACCUGUCGUUGUACUCGUGAAUGUACACAGGCCUUUAUUUAGACGCCAAAGAGAUUCUUUCAUUUACGGUGCAGUGACACGUGCUAUGGUAAAACUCGUCGUUAUACGAUGCAAGAAAGGUUGAAUUUAUCGUCUUACUAAAAUAUUUAUGGAUGGAACAUUGUGUCAAAAGUUGUAUCGUUGGUGUUUUCAAAAGUUUCAAAAGACAUUCAGAGGAACAUUGAAGUUGUCACUGAAAUAUUGUAGUUUUUGGAAAAGAAUAGUCAUUAGCUUUCUUGUCAAAUAUAACCCAGACUCCUAA